AUGCCAGUACAAUAUACACCCUUUCGAGGAACUACAGACGAGGAGGCGAUGGAGCACCAUGCGAAACGUCCAAAAUCGCCAGAUCUCUUGCUAUGCCAGAAUUGCGGAUUCACCGCUGAUAAUGCGAGUCACGGCGGUUACAUCAGCACUAUUAAAUUGAUUGCCCACGGUGGCCUUAGGGGUGUAUGGGCAAUUGGCGACAAAUACAUUUUGAAAGAAAUGGCUAUUGAUGACAAUAGAUUCGGUGAUCGCUACCUAGGUCCUGAAUAUCCAAUAACUCAUUUCUUGGAAGAAAACUCGACGAUUCCUGUGGCAAAGAAUAUGAAGCAUUGGUCGGAUAGUACAAGUAAUUUCUUUCUCAUGGAUAGGGUUCCGGGUGAAUCGUUGCUGAAGCUUGGGGCACAACUUGUAUGGGAAGAGGUAGUAGUUCUUGCUGACGAAGUCGCGGACUGUCUUGUACAACUACGUAAAUUUACAUCAGAUAAACUAGAAGCUCCAGAUGGUUCGCUAAUAAGAGACACAACCUUCGGUCCUCAACGGGCCCUGCAUUUUUGGACGUCUGAUGUAGACGAAUGGUGGGCUCGAGUGGAACCGAGCAUUCAGGAUAAAUCUCGCAAGGAUCGUUUAAUGGAACAAUAUUCCCUCCAUAUCAAGCCUGGCGGACCUUUUGUGCUCACGCAUGGGGAUUUAAACAUGCAGAAUAUUAUGGUGAAAGACAAGCAUUUGAGUGGGAUCAUCGACUGGGAACGUGGGGGUUAUCUCCCAGAAUGGUGGGAAUUGUAUGAGCUUGACACAAUUGAAAAUGGCCAAUGGGCAGGCGCGGUAAGAACGGCGUUAGCAAGGAAGAACGUAGUGCCCUCGGAAGCGGCGAAAAAUUUCGAGAUGGUUUUCGGCAGUGCUUUUGAAGACGUAACCCCUAACAUUUUUAAUGAAUCGGUCAAAUUUUACGACCGUCAAUUUCAUUGGCAGUGUCCAAGUUAUCCCCAUUAUAUGGCAGAAGAAGAACUAUUUGACGUUAAAUGGAUGGGAAAACUCAAAAGAGAGGGCAUAGAGAAAAUGGAAGCGGAAAAGAAGGCGAUCGAGGAUAAUAUAAAGACAGCAGAGGACAGAGCCAAGGCAGCAGAGGAAAAGCUUGCUGAAAAUGAGACAAUCUUGGCAGAAUUCAACAAACUAAGCGUAGAAGAGAGAGAAAAUUUGAAGAGGGGGAAGUAG